AUUGGUGGGUUAUUUGUUUCAGGUAGCUACUGCAAAGAUAUAGAAACAGCCGAAUCAUGUCUGAUGAAGGAAGAGUGCACCCGGAUUGCAGGAAUGCAUCCAAUCCCUACCAUGAAUGCAGUGAGUUUUGCUUCAAAGUUAUUGCUGAAACCAAAGCUCGGAUGGAUCAAAAUCAAUCAGAAUCUGUACAAGUUAGUAGUGGUAGUGGCAAAUCAAAAUUAGAGGCUGCUCAGCAAGAGGAAGAUCUAGAUAGACCAUCAGAGACUGAUGAACAUGCUGGUGAUGGUGAUGAGCCUCAUGUUGACGAGGAGGAGAAUAUGGAAGGAGACUUCACGAAGUUCACAGGGAGGAAGAAAAAGUUGUGGGAAUUAAGGAUGAUCGAAGAUGAAUAUGGCUAGGAAAGCAAAUUAAACAGAUAUUGCAGCUGAAAAGAAAAGAAUGGAACCUCCACAAGAAACAAGGGGCAUUUCUAAACAAAAAUGGCUUGAAGAGAGGAAAAAAGAAUUGGUAAACUUCUGGAUGCAAAUGGUUUGGAUAUGAAAAGCGUUUACAUGCUAGAUACACAAGAGAUGGCAGUGUCAAAGUACAAGAAAUGGGAAAAGGAUCCUGCCCCAUAUGGCUGGGAUGAUGAUUCCUGGUAUGGUUUUGGUUGAUGCUUUUGCUUUUGGUCAGAUACUUGGAUUCUACAAUU